AAAGGGAGGGAAAGGAAAGGAAAGGAAAGGAAAGGAAAGGAAAGGGAGAGGAGACCAGACCAACAAAAGAGUGGGUCAGAGUUCAGAAACAGCUACACGUUGUGAAGAGGAGGCAAUUGCAUGUGCCCACAUGACCAAUUGCAGCUGGAGAGAUGAGAUGAACAAUUCCACUCUCGCCCUCCCUAAAUACACUAAUCAACUUCUCCUCUUCCUUUUGCCUUCGCUGCAUCUUCUUCUUCCCUCUCUUUUUCUGCUCCUACAACAUCUGGAUACUGAAUAUCUUUCUAUGCCCACGAAUAAUUUUAGCCAAUAAUGAAGGAAAACAGUGAUGGGUUUGUCAGAGCGGAUCAGAUUGAUCUCAAAAGCCUUGAUGAGCAACUCGAGAGGCAUCUCAAUAAGGUAUGGACUAUGGACAAGAACAAGAGACCCGAUGAUAGUAAUAUCGCUCCACUGCCUACUGCUGCUGUCAACGCCACCAAGACUAGUGCAGCUACGUUCAAGAAGGACAGGCAGGAAUGGGAGAUCGACCCUUCUAAGCUCAUCAUCAAGAGUGUUAUUGCACGUGGUACCUUCGGCACCGUUCACCGUGGCAUCUACGAUGGUCAGGAUGUUGCUGUUAAGCUGCUUGACUGGGGUGAAGAGGGUCACAGGACAGAAGCUGAGAUUGCGUCGCUAAGGGCAGCUUUUUCCCAAGAAGUUGCUGUAUGGCAUAAACUUGAUCAUCCUAAUGUUACUAAGUUUAUAGGGGCAACAAUGGGCUCGUCAGAGUUGCAGAUACAAACUGAAAAUGGCCACAUUGGCAUGCCAAGUAAUAUAUGUUGUGUUGUUGUGGAAUAUCUUGCUGGAGGUGCUUUAAAAUCAUACCUUAUAAAGAACAGACGAAGGAAGCUAGCUUUUAAAGUUGUUGUGGAGUUGGCACUUGAUCUUGCCAGAGGAUUGAGUUACCUUCACUCUCAGAAGAUUGUUCACAGAGAUGUAAAGACAGAAAACAUGUUAUUGGACAAGACACGCACUGUAAAAAUUGCUGACUUUGGAGUCGCACGUGUUGAGGCUUCAAAUCCUAAUGAUAUGACAGGGGAGACAGGAACACUUGGAUACAUGGCUCCUGAGGUUCUCAAUGGCAAUCCUUAUAAUAGGAAGUGUGAUGUGUACAGUUUUGGUAUCUGUUUAUGGGAGAUAUAUUGCUGUGACAUGCCAUAUCCUGACCUUAGUUUCUCCGAAGUGACUUCUGCUGUGGUCCGUCAGAAUUUGAGACCAGAGAUACCAAGGUGCUGCCCAAGCUCUCUAGCGAAUGUAAUGAAACGAUGUUGGGAUGCUAACCCUGACAAGCGCCCUGAAAUGGAUGAGGUCGUCUCCAUGUUGGAGGCAGUUGACAUAUCCAAAGGUGGAGGUAUGAUACCUCCUGAUCAACAGGGUGGUUGUCUCUGCUUCCGCAGGUAUCGAGGACCUUGAAGAAUUACUUCCUUUGGUCAGACAAACGACUUGAAUGUGAUUGUUUUAAGCUAUGUCUAUCGAGUCUGUGAUUAACAUUGAAGGUGAAGGAAAUUUGAGAUAUAAAAUGGGGAAGAAUGGGUGGUGGUGGUGGUGGAUAUAGGAGGGGAAAUCUUGUGUUUCCCAUUAUUGGAUGAUGUAAAUGUGUUGUUUGUAACUCUUUCUGAAAUAUUUUUUUUGGGGGGGUUUUCGAGAUAUGUGUAUUUAUAUGGUCUACCAGUCUCGUCAACUGGCAAGGCCACCUCAUAUGGGGUCACCCUUUCUAUAUGCUAUUAGUGGAAAUAUUGUUAACAUUAUGAAGGUAAUUUAAUAGUAUUACCAACAUUCACUUGGUGUA